CUUGCUAUGGCGGGUGGGUCAAAGUCGAACCUCCCCAGUCCCCCGGUCCUCCAUCUUUGAAUCAGCCAUAGGCUAGUGGCCUCGAAGUCUGGCUGUCCCUUUUUACCCAGUCGGCCUGUCUUGCGCGCUGCAUUUUCUAGCAGCUGCACCACAUCGUUGGUAGGGCGACUGUAUUCGCGGUACAAGUCAGGGUCCGCGUGGUUCAUAUGGAACAACAAGUAGUCUGCGAGCACCACGGGCGAUAUGAUGGUAUCCUUGACACUUCCGACCAAAGCGAGUUUCAUCAUGGCGUGCGCGUCCGGGACAUAGGGGAUGAAGACGCCAGGGGUGUCUACGAGAUAGACCCCUCCUCCUACCCCUUUGUACCUUCUCUUGCUGCUUUCGUCCAUGGCUUCCACAUCAUCUUCGCUGGGAAUGAUCUUGACACCGCUACCGAUCUUGCGCGUGACACCCGGCUGCGCCCCCGUCCUUGCAACCUUGCCCUUUCCAAUGCCAUUCGCCCGUAACGCAUUUAGCAGGGUGCUUUUCCCUACAUUCGGCAUUCCGACUACAAGGAGUCGAUGUCCGACCAGCUUCCAUUGUUUUUGUGCAUGCUCUCUCAAGAAGUCCAGGAUUUUGUUCACGCUUCUCGUCUUGUCUCUUUCGCCUUCUUUAUCUCCAAUGUUGCUGACAAACGUGGUCGCUAUGGGGUGAUGCCAUCCCUUGAUUAUGUCCUCAUCUGUCUGGCUCCGUGGCCCCAAGUCUCGGUGCGUGUACACAAUAAGCCUUUCUUUGCCCUCCAAGCUUCUUUCGAAAAGCGGAUUACGUGACGUGAGCGGAACGCGAUAGUCGCGGCAUUCGACAACAAGAUCGAUGGUGGAUAUGAGCGAUUUCAUCUUCUGCAACCCAGACUUGUGGUGACCAAGGAAAUAUGAUCGCGGAAGGUGGUCGAGCGAAGGGAACGACGCGCGCGGAACGAAGGCCAUGGUGGGCAACUGGGUAUUACAAGUUGUAUAAAUCGAACAAGUUCUAUAUUAUUACAUUUCCGGUGUGAGAGUACAAAAUUGUAGAUUGGCACUUGCCAGAAGAAAGAUGGCGAGAAAGUGAAUGGUGUUGUAUGAUAGAUGGAGCUUUCAGGCUCGAGUCUACAAAAUAUUGGCUACGAGUCGUAAUGACGAUAAGUCUUGGCACAUCAUGACUCGAUGUCACAACUAGCUGAUUGGGCGUCGUACCUCUAAAGUGCUGUUCAUCAAGUCUCUACUUCUCACACAAACCAUUUCUCAUUUCUCAUUUCUCGUACGUCUCAUGUGAUCAAUUCCUGAAAGUAAAAUAUUUCUUGAUGAUUCGUGGCCAUGGAUAUCAUAUUCAACUGUGCCUCCCAACGAAGAACACCUGAUUAUGGAGCUCUACCUCUACGGCUUACUAGCACUGUUGCAUAUAGGAUAACACAGGAUACAUCAUAUUUGAAAAAGGGGGGAAAUUCAAUAUCAAACCAGCAUAGAUAUGCCCAAAAUCAAAAGAUGGCUAUUGUGCAUUUAGAUCUUUUUAUCACAGGAUUUUAAAGCAAAUCGAAACUUACACCCAAAACCACGCCUAU